AUGUUUAGAAACACAUAUCAGAGUGGUUUUCUGUCUAUUUUGUUCAGCAUUGGAGGAAAGCCACUUGCCAUUUGGGAUAAAAAGGUACAAAAUGGGCACAUCAAGAGAGUGACUGAUGAAGAAGUUCACUCCUUGGUACUCGAAAUUAUGGGAACAAAUGUGGCUACAACUUAUAUCACAACUCCUGUAGAUCCACGUGGAAGCUUAGGAAUCAGAUUACCUUUCUUAGUAAUGAUUGUGAAAAAUAUGAAAAAAUAUUUUUCGUUUGAAAUAACUAUUUUGGAUGACAAAGAUAUGCACAGAAGAUUUCGAGUUUCUAAUUUCCAAUCAACAACACGAGUUGGGCUUUUCUGCACAUGCAUGCCUAUUGGGCUUUCUGGUGGUUGGAAUCAAAUUCAAUUUAAUUUAGCCGAUUUCACCAGACGAGCUUAUGGGUCAAAUUAUUUAGAAACAUCUCGCAUGCAGAUUCAUGCCAACAUACGCAUAAGAAGGGUUUAUUUCUGUGACCGACUUUAUUCAGAGGAUGAAAAACCUCAAGAAUUCAAGCUAUAUCUCCCUGUACAAGGAACAAAAAAGUCAGCUGCAGCAGAACCAGUAAUGCCAAGUCCUGCUGCACCUUCACCUGUCCCACCAGCUGAAGCUGAUAUGGUUGGAAUUCCUGAUGAUAAUCGACCAAAACAAUCUAAAAGGAGUUCUCUUACAUCACAAGAAAAAAGGCCUUCUCUGACUAGUGCUGAAGGCAGGGCAUCUGGAGGUGGAGAGGUGCCCGCACCUACGCCUGAAGAGAGGCCAUCGAAACAUUCUAUUGAAGUAAAACCUAUACAAGAAGAACAAAUGAAUGAAGCCAAACAUGCCGAACAACCACCUGCUCCAGAAUCUCCAACAGAAGCUGAUGUUCCCGAAGAAAUAAUGGAAGAAGGAGAUGAGAAUAAAGGAGUAGAAGCUGCACCAGCUGAAAACGCAGUUGAGGAUCAAGCCUAUUAUUAUUAA